AGCGAUUGUCAGCCAACCCAGGAGGGGUUCGAGUUGAAAAUUUUUGUGGAUGGCCUACCCCUGCACAAGAGCAGUCGGACCCAAUUUUGGCCAAUUCUCAUGCAGGCUCAUAACGUUCCACAUACUCCUGUAAUGACGGUUGCUAUAUUCUGUGGCGAAUCAAAACCGUUAUUCGUCCAGGAGUUUUUGCAGCCGUUUGUGGACGAAAUGAACAGACUGUAUGUGACAGGUCUGACAAUUAAAUCCCGCUCUUACUGGGUGGAAGCGCGUGCAAUAAUUGCAGACGCUCCGGCACGAGCAUUUAUUAAAGGUGUUAAAUCGCAUAAUGCGUACAGCGCCUGCAUGAAGUGCACAAUCGUUGGUGAGUUGGAAGGACACCGGAUGUACUUCCGGUAUGGUGAACAAUGCGCGCCUCGGAACCACAAGAAUUUUUGUGACGACAAAUAUCCAACACAUGUCAACAACCCUACGCCCUUUACGAGUCUAUUAGGUUGCGAUAUCGUUGACGAUUUUGUGUCAGCCGAAGACAUGCACUUAAUAUACAAGGGCGUAGAGGCAAAGUUGCUACAUUUGUGGAUAAAUGGCUUCCCUGGCGUUGCUUGUUACUUGCCACGUCGCCAGCAACGUGAAGUGUCGGCGCACUUGCGUCUGUUAAGGCUGCCUUCAGAUUACCAACGUAAACUGCGCGACCUGCGAUACAUCCAUCUCUGGAAAGCUUCGGAGUACAGGAUGUUUCUGUUGGUUGCCGGUUUCGUUGUUCUGAAGGAUAGACUUAUCGAUGCAGCGUACCAACACUUCAUGUUGUUGAUGAUGGCUGUGACGUUCAUGUCCACCACGUACCAUCGCGCUAAAUGGGAACUGGCUGAUUCAUAUUUGCAUAGGUUUGUGGCAGCCUAUGGAGAUCUGUACAGCCCGGUUCUCAUGAAUAGCAACGUGCAUAACUUGCUGCACGUUUACAAUGAUGUUUGCAGGUUCGAUGGGCUUAAAAACAUAUCAGCCUUCAUUUUUGAGGCAUUUUUGCAUGACCUCAAAAAGUUGGUGCAUUCCGGGAGGCACAGCCUGGUACAAGCGGUCCAUCGUCUGCUGGAACUGCAACAUGUCAUUGUUGCCAAGCGUCAGCAAAACAAACCGGUGGACGAACCAUCGGUGCGCACGGUUGGUGUCGACACCAUAACGACCGUGCGGCAGGGCUUCGCGCUGCGAAAAAACUUUCGCGAUCAAUGGUUUAUGACCAACUCGGGCGAGGUGGUCCGUUACGAAACGGCCACAAAAACAGGCAAGGACGUUACGGUGCAGGGGUACGCGUUUUUCAAACAGGUGCCUGCCUUUACGGAACCUUGCCUUUCAACGGAGGCGAAUAUUUACUCUGCCAACAUGGUAGAUUUGAAUAAGGGUGAACUGCAACACUACGCCAGCAGCACGCUGAUGUGCAAGGUAGCUGCAGUGGAAACGGAACAGGAAGGGGUGUUAAUGUUUGUACCGUUGACACACACUUACAUUUGCUAGACAAUAAAUUAAAAAAAUAUGCCUCUUCCCAAAACCCUGGUUAAGUGUUUCGGAUCAGGAAGGUAAAUAAUGAGAAAUUAUCUUGGGUGCUGUGUGGCAGAAUGCAUUUUUUGUAUUCAUGAAGUCCUAGUUAUUUAAUUCAUUAAUAUAUUAAUAAUUCAAAUAAAAAACUAACUAACUAAACUAACUAUGUACAACACGAAACUAAACUUAACUUGUCUACCUACGCUAUAAAAAAAACUUACACUAAACUAACCUAGAUUAUCAUUAUUAUUUACAUUGAGCAUUACUUCUUUGUUUUCAUUCUUCGACUUCGGCAGGAUACCGCAACACGCGUUUAAAAAAAUCCACCACGUAUGCUGUGGUGAUGGGCGCCUUCCAGGUCGCUGCGGCUUUGCGGAACAGC